GGAAUUUCUUGCGCUUUCAAGUGUGCCGGCUCUGUUGGCUCGGGGUCUGUCGUCGGAACCCCCGCGUUAACCUUUAGUCUUUAGAAUAGUUUGGAGAUUAAGAGUCACAGCGGAUUGCUAAAAGCUUCGGCAAAGUGGCUCGGCGGUCGGCACCAAGAAUGGCGAUGAUUGCGUUCCGUAGAGUGGUUUAUGAACCCUGACGAAUUCGGAAACAGUCAAUAGAUUCGACUCAAACCGCAUUGCUACAACGGCGAUGCUGUACUCUCCGCUGGUUCAGAGCACUGAUUCUAUUCGAAAAUAGUCAUUACCGACUAAGUAGACAUUGCGAGAAUGGCGAUGCCUUUCUGUAGGGUCGUUCCCGAGCCAUGGAGAGCCGCCGAUAACGGCGCCAGUAUAGGGAUUGCUGACCUUACGGUGACGGCGCUUGACGGAAAGUCAGAUUCGUUAAAAGACGCCCCGGAUUCGUUAAUAGACGACCGGGAUUCGUUAAAAGUCGACCGGGACUCGUUAAGAGGCGCCACAGGUUCGUUAAAAAACGACCGGCACGAGGGGGCAGCUAUCGCCGACGCAACCUGUGGGGUUCCCACGGCAGACGUUACAAUGGGAGAUUUUGUAACAAGGACGGAACGAGAAAUAGGUUCGGGAAGAAAGAACGUUGGAGAGGAAGCGAAGGAGGAAGGAAUUAGCGAAUUACGAGGUAUCCCUUCCGGUAACUUGGAAGAAAUCGAAUGUAACAGCUCCAGCAGUGAUGGUAACAGCAGCGAUAGUAACCGUGGUAACGACAGCAGCGACAUUCGCGAACAUCCCGGUAACUGCAGCACGAGUAGUCGUCGCGAGGACGCUAUCGGAAACGAUGCUGCAGACCCCGCAAUCUAUGCCAGUAGCGCUAAUAAUGACGUCGAUGUCGAUGUUAAGAGCGAGCGUGCUUCUAGCGAGUGUACUGCUAGCGAGACUCCUGCUAGUAGUGAGCCUGCUGCUAGCGAGUGUUCUGCUAGUGAAGCCGCCGUUCGGCUGAUGUCAGCAGCCGCGCUGGUAGAGGCGGGAGUGCAAGACGCGGAGGACGACUCGUGCAGCAUCUGCCUCGACGCUUUCACUGAAUCCGACCCCGCCACGCUGACAGUCUGCAACCACGAGUACCACUUUCAGUGCGUCUUAGAAUGGGCCCAGCGCAAGGAGGAGUGCCCCAUGUGCUGGCGUAAGCUGGCCUUGCAAGAUGAAACGUGCCAGGAGCUGCUGCUCGCGUGCUACAGGGAGAAAGAGGCCCAAGCAGCGGCAGAGCGGGAGGCAGCAGCAGCAGCAGCCGCAGCAUUGGCGGCAUCAGUGGUGGCAAUGCGGGGAGCAGCGCGGGGAGUGGCUGCCAGGGGCGUCUCUGUGAGGGGACCUCCUAGGAGAGGCGCUCUGCCCAUGUCUACUCCCUCUUCUAUUCCUGCUCCCGCCCGCCAUCGUCACCAACAGCGGCAGAGCAGCAGCACCCAGCCUUCCUCCUCCCAGUCCACAGCCACGUCCGGCUCCCCUGUCGACCGUUGGCUACCCUCCUCCCUCCUCUCCUCGCUCCGCCACUCCUCCUCCUCCUCCCCCUCCUCCUCUCGUGGGCUAUCCGGUGCGUCCCCCCGUUCGUUCGCCCUUUCCUUCAGCCCACGCAGACACCGCUCCUCCCCUUCCUCCUCCUCCUCGAGUAUUCCCACCGCCGCCACCACCACCACCACCACCACCAUCGUCACCACCACCUCCUCCUCCCUUUCUUCGUCCCUCACCUCCGCUUCUUCUUCCUCCUCAUCCUCCUCUGUGCCCGCCCCUUCAGCCUCGUCAUCCUCCACUGCUGCCUCUCUUGCUGCUGCUGCCACAACGUCGGAUGCCACCUCUGCUGCUGCUCCCUCGGCCUCCGCUGCUCCCUCUGCCUUUGCCUCUCCCUUUGCCUCUCCACCCAUCUCAUGCUAUCGCCCCGACCCCUCAGUACUAGCGGCAGAAGCGGCCUGCUCCCCUCCCACCUUCUCCCUUUCCCCCCUACGCCCUCGCCCGCCCUCCUCCCUGUCCUUCUACCCCCCUGGGGCCUCGGCUCUGGGAGAAAACAACAGAGAGCUCAGCCUCUCAGCAGGUGCCAUCCCCCUAGACGCCCCUCUAGGCGCUACUGUCAGCUGGAACGGAGCUCUCCCUACAUCCUCUGCUUCUGCCUUCGCAUCCACCCCUGCUGCAGCUGUAGCCCAUAUGACCUCUUUAUCAGAGAACCCGUCUCCUGUUAUGUCCCCAGUAAGCGCGUCCCUCUCGUGCCUCCUGGCACGGCAGCAGGAGCAGCAGAGACAAUUGCUAGAGCAGCACCGGCAGCAGCAGCAGCUGCAGCAGCAGCAAGGAGGCGCUACAGAUGCUGCUGCUGCUCCUGGCGCUGCUGCUGCUGAUGCAGUUACCGCUGCAGGUGCUGCUGCCAAUAGCCCUGCUGCGUCUGCUGCAUCUGCUGAUGCUGCUGCUGCCAUUGGCGGCAGCGCUACUGCUGCUUCAUCAAAUGGCAGCCUCGGACUAACUUCCCGACCCUGCUCUAGGUUCGGCGGCCUAGGGCAGGAAGGGCUCAAGCUUGUGCUUGCAGCUUCGGAAGGGCAGGGGAGGGCGCAUGGGAUGGCUGGUGCGAUUGUAACAGGAGUUGGUGGUGAGAGUGCGAGGGUUGCAGCUCUGGCGCCUCCUUUCAUUGGGGAAGCUGAUGCUACAACCAGUGCUACAGCCCCUGCCACAGUUGCUGCCACAUCUGGUUGUAGCAGCAGCAGCACUCUUGGGACCAUUGCGGCUCCUCAGGCACCUCCUCCUUUCAUUGGGGAAGCUGAUGCUACAGCCAUUGCUACAGCUGCUGUCACGUGUGGUGACAGUGGCGCCACUAUCUGUACCACUGCUGCUGCUGCUCAGGCACCUCCUUUUAUUGGGCAAGGUGCAGCUAUUGCUGAUGCCACGUGUGGUGGCAGUAGCAGCAUUAUUGCUGCUGGGUCGGCACCACCAUUUAUUGGGAAAGAUGCUGCUACAACCCCUGCUACAACUGCUGCUACAGCCCCUGCUAGAUCCCCUGCCACGUCUGCUGCUUACUCUGGUGGUAGUACCACCGCUACUGGAACCACUGCUGCUGGGCUGGCUCCCCCUUUCAUCGGGGAAUCUGCUGCUACAACCGGUGCUACAGCUGAUGCCCCAUGUGGUGGUAGUGGCACCACUAUUGGACCCACUGCUGCUGCUGUCGCACCUCCUUUUAUCGGCGCAGUUUCUGCUACAGCCCCCGCUACAGCCUCUGCUAUAGCCUCUGCUACAGCCCCUUCUAUGGCCCCUGCUACAGCCGCCGCUACAACUGCUGUGACAUCUGGUGGUAGUAGCACGAGUGUGGGGGCCAGUGCUGCUGUUGCGCCUCCUCUUAUCGGGGACAGCAGCGGGAUGUCUGCUACAAGCAGCAGCAGAAGUGGUGCCGUCGUUGCGGGCACAGCUGGUCAGGAGAGUAGCAUGGCAGACGGCGGUCCGGUUAGGUAUGUACGUACGUGGCAGGUGGCGGUGGUCAUUAAGGGUGUGAUGCUGGUAUCUGGUACUAGCAGCAGCAGAAGUGGUGGGGUCGUUAUUGUGGGCACAGCUGUUGGGCAGGAGAGCAGCAUGGCAGAUGACGGUCCCGUAAGCUCCAUGGAAGAGCGCACUCCUCCCUUCCCCCGGGGCUGCCACGGCCACUCCAUCUUCUCGUCCUUCAAGUCCCGCCUGGCGUCUCGGUGGUCAAAGGGCUCUUCCUCUUCCUCGCUAUCUGCACCUGCACCCGCCACAGUGCACCAUCGCAGCUAGAAGCUGAUCACAUAUCUCUCUGGCAAGGCUCCUUAUCUUCUUCCUCUCACGCCACUUCCUCCUCUUCCUCUUCUUCCUCCUCCUCCUCUUCCUCACUGUCUCCACCUGCACCCGCCACAGUACACCGUUGAAGCUAGAAGCCCAUCAUUCAUCUCUCUCAUAGCUGGUGGUCACAGGGCGCUUAUCUCCGUCCUCCUCCUCCUCCUCCUCGUUCCCCUCCCCUUCCUCCUCUUCCUCCUCUUCCUCCACUUCCUCCUUGUCCUCCGUGCUCUCCCCCUCCUCCUCAUCCUCCGCACUGCCUGCAUCAACGCCUGUCACAAUGCACCACCGAAGCUGACCACCCUGCCUCCUCUCCUCUCCCUCUAGCCCCUCGCGCACAGCUUUUGCUGCGACAGGGGAAAACUUUCCACAAAUAAACCUGUGCUGGCGAGCAUGCAGGCAUUCAAGGCACUGGGUAUGAUUCUAGGAGCUGGUGUGAAGACCUGUAGGAAUGUCGGUAUGCCUGUGAGGCAGGUCAACAGCAGAUGCCAUGCUAAUGUGGCUCGUGUUGGGAUAGGAGGCCCAUCAUGGCUCGUGUUGGGAUGGGAGGCCCAUCAUGGCUCGUGUUGGGAUGGGAGGCCCAUCAAGGCUCGUGUUGGGAUGGGAGGCCCAUCAAGGCUCGUGUUGGGAUGGGAGGCCCAUCAAGGCUCGUGUUGGGAUGGGAGGCCCAUCAUGGCUCGUGUUGGGAUGGGAGGCCCAUCAAGGCUCGUGUUGGGAUGGGAGGCCCAUCAUGGCUCGUGUUGGGAUGGGAGGCCCAUCAUGGCUCGUGUUGGGAUGGGAGGCCCAUCAUGGCUCGUGUUGGGAUGAGAGGCCCAUCAUGGCGCCUCCAUGGACAUGCUAUGUGAACUCCGUAGGUGUGUGAAUGGCCGUCCCAGAGGGGCCAAGGGGUUGAGAGCAGCAGCCAUGCGACAAGUCGUAUCAGGGGAGUCAGGAGGGGGAGAGGAGUGUAAAUGGCCAAGUCAGAGAGGUGCAAGCUAGGCGGGUUCACCUGACCUCGUGAAGUCCGGCGGUGAAACGGUGAGGGUGAAGCAGCAGCAUCGCGAGGAGCAUGAAAUGGUGUGUAGGUGACAUUGGAAUGCCUGAGGGGGGGCCUACGGGUGAAUGGCUGCAUCAGGGGAGGUCAUGCAAGGGGGGGUCGAGGAAGGGGGGUUGACGUCACCUUGUGAACCGGCAGCUGGAGGCCUCUAGGCGGCAGCGUUGACGGAGAAGGACGGGUGAAUGGCUGUCUAAGUGAACGGCAAGCUGGGGGUCAAGUGAGGGAGGCUCAUGAAUCACGUCACCUCGUGAACUGGCAGCUGCAGGCGUUUGGGCGGCAGCAGCAUUGAAGGGCAACCCAGUGAGGGUGCAUGAAGGGGAAGAGGGUGGGAGAGGGUGGGAGAGGGUGGGAGAGGGUGGGAGAGGUGGAGGCAGAGGCAAACAGGGCAGUGUAGCGGAGUGGCUGGAGAUCGAACCAAACCCAGGCCAUGGAAUGGUGGCUGGUUGUGUAUCUGCUUUGCUGAUGGGGAUUGUUUACUGGCACUGGGAUACGGAAUAGGAUUGGCACUGCUGUUUUCUGCUUGUGUUACACACGGUACGGUGCUAUGCUUUAGUGUCAAACAUCUGCAUUUGUCAUGUUUGUAUAGACUGUAUAGGGUUACCUCUUAGAGGGUACAACACUUAGGUAUACUUGUGUGUACUCUCACUUUACAAUCAUUCAAUACUCAUUUCUGAUAUGAGCAUCCUGCCUGGCAUAGGACACCCGUGGGUAUCCCUCGCUCCCUGGGCCGUUUUGCCUUCGCCAAAUUUUGGGAUGAACUCCUUCCGCCGCUUCCGCCCGCCGCGCCGUCGCGCUCCGCGCAGCGCCGUGUGCUCACCCGGUUGACGGCGUCAGUCGCUGACGAGCGGCGCAGCACUUCCUAGAGUCGAGGUGC